AGAGCACACGCAACAUACGCGUGCUUCACUCCGCUCUCUGCUUAGGAGGAGCUUCAGGAUUUUCACUUGUUCCGUGCAACAUCUCAUUUGAAGACUCGUUUACCAAGGCGCCUGCGACUCAGACGGGGGAAAGGUAUCUGGACUUCCCAGCUGACUGACAGACCCUGCAGUGUUGUCUUCCCUACCAGUAGACUGAAUGACCAGACCAGGCAGUGUUGUCUUCCCUACCAGUAGACUGAAUGACCAGACCAGGCAGUGUUGUCUUCCCUACCAGUAGACUGAAUGACCAGACCAGGCAGUGUUGUCUUCCCUACCAGUAGACUGAAUGACCAGACCAGACCCUGCAGUGUUGUCUUCCCUACCAGUAGACUGAAUGACCAGACCAGACCAGGCAGUGUUGUCUUCCCUACCAGUAGACUGAAUGACCAGACCAGACCAGGCAGUGUUGUCUUCCCUACCAGUAGACUGAAUGACCAGACCAGACCAGGCAGUGUUGUCUUCCCUACCAGUAGACUGAAUGACCAGACCAGGCAGUGCUCCCAGUGUAUCUGGACCAGGGACUAUUUGGCCUCAGUGACUGGACUCUGCAGUGUUACCAUCAGUUCUGGACUAUAUAAACUGUAUUCGGACUGACUGACCAGCUCCAGUGAUCCUCCCUCCUUCCCUCCCAGCAGAAAACAUGACCCCUCAGACCCUUCAAACUUAGAUCCCUCCAACAGCCAGUCCACAUGGACACCACCUCCACCCACUGGCAGCUAGGCAUCCUGGGUAACGACAGUCUCAGCCUCCACCUCGACCGGCCGGGGUUCCACUCUGACAUCACCAAGCAUGUAGGAGUCCAGGCUGCUUUGAUCACAGCGUACAGUCUGAUCAUCCUACUGGGUCUAGUAGGCAACGCCCUUGUCAUCUACAUGAUCAUCCGCUUCCGGAACAUGAGGACGGUCACUAACUUCUUCAUAGCUAACCUGGCGCUGGCCGACCUGUUGGUGGACACGUUGUGUUUACCGUUCACACUCGUUUAUACCUUGCUCGACGAGUGGAAGUUCGGCGCGGUGCUGUGUCACAUGGUCCCGUUCGCCCAGGCGCUGAGCGUGCACGUAUCGAUCCUGACGCUGACCGUCAUCGCUCUGGAGCGUUACAGGUGUAUCGUGUUCCACCUGGGCCAACGCCUCACCUGGCGAAGCAGCCUGCUCAUCGUGGCUCUCACCUGGACGCUGUCCGCCGUGCUGGCCUGCCCGCUCGCCAUCUUCAGAGAGUACCGUCAGGAGGAGAUCCCGUCCAUCAACCUGAGGAUCUCAGUCUGCUACGAGAAGUGGCCUUACGGCAGCAGCAGAGACGGAGUCAUUUACAGCCUGUCUAUGUUUCUGUUGCAGUACGUGCUGCCACUGUCCAUCAUCAGUUAUGCCUACAUCUGCAUCUGGGUGAAGCUGAAGAACCACGUGAGUCCAGCGAGCCGCAUCGACGCCAUCCAGCGCAGGAAGAAGACCACCAAGAUGCUGGUUAUGGUGGUUGUAGUAUUCGCCACAUGCUGGCUACCCUUCCACGUGUUUCAACUAGCCAGUGACCUAGACCUGGUCCUCAGCUUAAGACAAUACAAGCUCAUCUAUACUCUCUUCCACAUCGUAGCCAUGUGCUCCACCUUCGCCAACCCGCUCCUGUACGGCUGGAUGAAUAAGAACUACAGGAAUGGGUUCCUCAUGGUGUUCAGGUGUGAGGCUAAACCAGACAGUAUUCACCCUGAGGGAUCCUUUAGGACCCGGUCACUAAGGAGGAUGUCUCUGAACAGGAGGAACGGAGGACACCCUCCUACUGCCGUCUGAUUGGUUGAUUGAUUUGCCGUCUGAUUGAUUGAUUGACCUGCCGUCUGAUUGAGGCUGCUGUAAGGAGUGAUAUUAGCACCAUGAGAAAGAGAAACUGAGGCUGCUGUAAAAAAAAAAAAAAGCCUUGUGUGAGUCAGAACCAGAAUGGCCCGUAGGGCAGGAGUCCAUCUCCUGUUUCUGUAGAGUGGACCAGAACGGCCCGUAGGGCAGGAGUCCAUCUCCUGUUUCUGUAGAGUGGACCAG